ACGGGGGCGGGCCUCUGCGCCUGACGGCCAAUGGGGCCCGAGCCUGGAGGCCUGGGCGUGGCGGACCCGGCGCGACUCCGCGAGUGGCGGUUGUUUCAAGAUGGCGGGCGCGGCGGGCCCCUUCCUGCCGGGCGGCUCGGCGUUCUGGAGCCGCGACUUUUCGGAUGAAGAGCAGUCGGUGGUAUAUGUUCCAGAAGGAAAUAUCAAAUCAAGACACAAGUUGAUAAGUCCCCAAGCUGAUGUGAAAGUUAAGACUUCCAGGGUCCCUGAUGCUUCGGUCUCUAUGGCAUCUUUAAAAGGUGCAGGAGAUUCAGUAGCUGAACAGAAUCUCUGCAAGGGAAGAGUGAAGAGUGCAUCUUUGAAAGACUUAUGUCUCGAAGAUAAGAGACGCAUUGCAAACUUAAUUCAAGAACUGGCCAGAGUAAGUGAAGAAAAGGAAGUGACAGAAGAGCGACUAAAAACAGAGCAGGAAUCAUCUGAGAAGAAGAUCCGGCAACUGGAAGAACAGAAUGAGCUGAUCAUCAGAGAAAGGGAAGCUCUUCAGCUACAGUAUAGAGAAUGCCAAGAGCUUCUCAGUCUCUACCAGAAGUACCUGUCAGAACAACAAGAGAAACUCACCAUGUCACUCUCAGAACUUGGUGAUCCUAGAGCACAGGAACAACAGACAACAAACAGGAAAAACACUCUUCAGUCUUCUUUGGUGGACCUAGAUGGUUCCUACUUGAGUGUAGCCAAACCACAAACCUCCUGUCAAACCAAGGAAAGGCCAAAGUCUACAAACCAGGACUCCGCCUCAGAACCUGUUAGGGCAUUCAGGAAUAAUUCUUUGAAACCAAUAGCAGUUCAUCAACCCAAAAAGAGUUUAGAGAGAAUGCCAUCUCCAGGGAGGAAACCAACAGACACAGCCCCUGGAGAGAAAGCUCCACCAGAAGAGUUAACAAUAAAGAAAUGUCCACCCCUGCAGCCUGCUCCAUCAAAUCAGUGUUGUCCUAGAUGUUCUGAAAGUGAAGACCAUGUUCAUGAGAGCCAUCAUCCUGCAGACAUGGCCCCUCAGUAUUCCAGGGAAUAUCCAGAAUCUUGCAGUCAUUGUGGGCCUUCUUGGACAUCUCUCACACACGGUAGAGGGAUACUGCAGCCUAGUGGCAUUGAUCUCAAAACAAAACUCUCAGAAGAUCGAAGGCAGCAACUGAUGCUUCAGAAAAUGGAACUAGAAAUUGAAAGGGAACGUCUUCAGCAUCUGUUGGCCCAGCAGGAGACCCUGCUUCUCCUCAAACAGCAGCAGCUGCACCAGUCUCGAUUAGAUUACAACUGGUUAAGAACUCAAGCUGAAUUUAAGUCAAGAGAACCUGAAGAGCUCAGUCUGGAUAUGAGUAGGAGUGACUCUGGACCAAGUUUAUUAAAGUCAAAAUGUGAUGGAUGGCUACCUGGAACCUCAUCUUCCUGUAAAACGUGCCAAGACUCUCCGAACAGUGGACAGAGCAGGAAGGAGAAGAAGACAGUUGGGUUUCAGUCACACAUGGAAGAUGGUGACCGGUGGGUGUGUCAAGAAAAAAAUACCCGCAGACCCCAAAGAGAGACUGUGACAGGAGUUAGAAAAGAUGCAUCCACAUCUCCUAUGCCAAAAAGAAGCUCAAAGGACCUUGUGACCACAGCCUUGUCCCCAUCCCAGCACAACACCUCACGGUAUGAGACAUCUCUAUUCGAUCUGGUUCAGUCUCUGAGCCCAAAUUCUGCUCCCAAACCUCAGCCCCACCAUUCCAGAGCAGCUGGAGCCUGGAACCGCAGUGCUUUCCCACCUAGCCCUCAGAAAUCAUCCUGGAAAAAAAUGGGGGCAUGCAGAAGCCCUGAAGACCUGGCAGAGAAUCAGAUUCUGGAAGAUAUAUUUUUCAUAUGACUCUGAGGCAUGUGCCACACAAUCUCCACAGGAGAUGCACAGGUUUCUUUACAACUGAUGUAGGAUGUUAAAUCACCUGAUUGCAAAGUAAUUGAGUGUCUCCUCACAGGGACCCACCUCACUGGCAUCCUCUUAAGGUAUUGAAUAUAGAAAUCAUUCUCAUGAACAGGGUGGUUUUGAUCAGACCAAUCAGUAGAUACCACACUAAAGGAGGUAGGUUUGGGGAUGGUACCUUUUCUAGGCCAAACAGAGAUUAGAAACUUAGAAUACUUUCUGAUGGUGGACACCAUUGACUUUUUAAGAGUGUCAUUUUAAGAGUGUUUUCAGUCUCCCUCUGGAAAAAAAAUGUCCCUUUUUUUAAUACAUGGAAAACCUUUCCACUGAAGGACUGCGAGCAACACCUUCAGAAGGUCCGGCCUUCUUCUUCCCUCACUAAUUCUAACUGUGGUCUGUUCAUGCUGAAGUCAGGAUCUUAACAUCACCUGCACUGGGGACCAAAUACAAGUCAGUCACAGUGGUCAUCAGCCUAGUCAUUGCCUGUACCUUAAACUACAAGGUGCAGUGGGCUGGAGGGAAGGGCCCAGCCAGGCUGUGGAAAGGAGCAGCAUUAAACUCCACGUGGGAAUGAAUGCCUGGGGAAAUCCCAUGGAGGCAGCCCCCUUCCCCAGUGCCCAGGCAGCCCUCCUCCAGGAAAUCCCAUGGAGGCAGCCCCCUUCCCCAGUGCCCGCGCAGCCCUCCUCCAGGAAAUCCCAUGGAGGCAGCCCCCUUCCCCAGUGCCCGCGCAGCCCUCCUCCAGGAAAUCCCAUAGAGGCAGCCCCCUUCCCCAGUGCCCGGGCAGCCCUCCUCCAGGAAAUCCCAUGGAGGCAGCCCCCUUCCUCAGUGCCCGGGCAGCCCUCCUCCAGGUGGUUGUGUCUUGUAUGCCAGGAUGGAGGUUUAUGUGGACCCCAGUGUCAGAUGCUCCUGUAAACUUCCCAUGGUUGUGUCUCAGGAAGAUGGUACUUAAGAGGGUGGCAUCCAGGGGUUUUUAAGUUGACAGGCUUCUGCCUCCAUCUCCGUCCAUAAGAAUGAGCAGCCCUGGUUCAGUUGCCCAAGUGCCCCAGCCAUGCUGAACAGCUUCCAUGGCCCCAAGCCAAAUCUUGUCUCCAGCUGAGCUCAGUCCUCCCGGCCUCUCGGUGUCAUAUUCUUCACCUGAGGUAAAUGGAAGCAGGACUGACUUGGCCUGGUCAUUCCCUCUGAAUGCUGAAGAUUCAUUGUAGACUCCAAUUUCCUUUUCAAGUUCACCCCUGAGAGAAACCAGAACAGGCUCAUUCCAUUUCAGAACGUGUCUGGAAUGUACAGCUUUGUUUGCUGUGGCAGAAGUGGCCAUUUCCUCAAUAAGGUUUCCAGAGCCACCUCCUUCCCACUAUGUGUCACAGCCAUUCCCUUAGACCGGCCCUGACCUCAGGUCCCAGUGUCUUUAUGCUCUCUGAAGUACGAGGAUCCAGAAGGAUGAGAAAAGGGUUCAGAUCUCUAGAAAAUUCAUAAACAGCCUAAAAACUAAAGGUUAUUUUGGAUGCUGUGCCAGUCAAUAGAAUUUAAUUGCCUCUCCACCUACCCCACAUGGGCAGUUUGGAAGAGAGAAGACAGGUUUUCAGCAGCUCAUCAAUACGUCGCACUUGGCCUGCCAGGUGCCUUUCUUCUCUGUCCCGCAGGCACUUGUUGGCAUUGGUGUGAGGGCAACGGGAUGGUGAUCUGUACGUGACCGAGUGUCUGUUAUUAGUCAAAUGAUAUAUGUUAACAUUUUAAUCUGUAUUAAAUGUACUUUGAUAUGUG